CUAUCGCUUCUUGAAACGUGAGGUAGUAGUACGACUCAACGACGAGUCAGAUGUAAUUUUGUUUUCAAUAGUGUAGCUCAACGAUAAAUUAGAUGAACUUCUUUUUCGGAUAAAAUAAUUCGACAGCAAGGCUGAAUUUUUCUGAUGUAAAAUGGUUUUGUCGUGAAGUGUAUACUGACUUCAUUCACAUCAAUAAUCUCUGUAUUCUUUGUGUGAACAAUCAGUUGACAAGUUUCUGAAAAGAUGACAGAAAUCAAGGAUAAAAAAUUACUUUACAACACCGUACUAUCGCAGACAUUUUCACCCGAUGGAAAUUAUCUUCUAGCUGGGAAUAUUUAUGGGAAUGUGUCAACGUUUGAUCUGUCAAAGGUCUUAGGACCUAGCAAGAUAGAAGAGAAUGAUGUACAAGGGCCCAGUUAUUGUUUUACUGCUCACGCUGAUCAAGAAGUUGCGUGUAUGCUUUCCGUGGAGAAUUUUCUUGUGACGGGAACACGCGGCGAAAUAUCAGGAUGGGAUUGGAAGAUGGUGACUUCAAGCAAAGCUCCCAAAACUAAAGUUUCUUGGAACAUACAAAUUCCCGCCAAUAAAGACAGUUAUGACAAGCCAGAUGUAAAUUGCAUGGUGUAUUCGAAAGCAAAUCACGUGCUCUAUGCUGGUUGUGGAGAUAAUAAUAUAUACAUCAUAAGCUUGGAGGACGGAAAAAUACUAAGAACCAUGCAAGGACACACCGAUUAUAUCCACUCUCUUGCCACAAUAGAUAAUCAACUUGCAUCCUGCGGCGAGGAUGGCUCCGUGAGAAUGUGGGACCUACGCAAGAGGGAGAAUACUAAUAUACUGACGCCGCACUUGGUGGACAAGGUCGCUCGACCGCGCUUCGGAAAGUGGAUCGGCGCGGUUGAUUUUACAGAGGAUUGGCUGCUGUGCGGCGGCGGGCCCAGUCUGUCGUUGUGGCACGUGCGAACGAUGGAGGCGGCGACGAUCUUCGAUCUGGCCGAUCAGGGGAUCCAUGUCGCGGAAAUCUACGAGGACCGCGUGAUUGCCGGCGGCGUGGCCGGUCACGUUCAUCACAUGACGUAUCAGGGUGAAGUCCUGGCCAAAGUACCCACUUCCAGUCUUACAACGUACAGCAUAGUGCACCAAGAGUCGCCGCACAAGGUGUUGAGUAUGGCCGGAUCUUCGAACUACAUCGAUAUCAGCACGAACUUCAACUAUCGCGAAAUGUCGGUCAAGUUCGCGUGAUUUUUCGUACUUAUCCGUGCUAAUGAUCGCGUACGCAAUAUCGGACGAUUGUAAAAGUGUGGGAAUAUUGAUAUUCUCAAAGAAGAUCUUCAAUAAAUUGAGUCAGUGGAGUGGGUCUGAUUGCUAGAGAAAAACAAUGUGAUUCUUUAAUAAAUAUAUUAAUUAAUAAAGUAUACAUAUUUUCUUUC